AUGACAAUGCUGCAAUCGGAAAACGAUGAAUCAAUGCGUGAAGGAAACGGCAACGAUAAGGAAAAGUCGGUAUCAAGUGUUCAAGACGUGCGGGAAGCAUCUCCUGCAUUUGGAACUCGUACACUUGUAAACACUGACGAUGUCUUUAAUCAUAACGCCUGGGACAACGUAGAGUGGGAUGAAGAGCAGGAGAUGUAUGCACGAAAGCAGAUCGAAAAGCAAGAAAAUUCUCGUGUGCCCGCAGGGGAACAAGAAAAAUACUUGGCUGAACCAGCAAGUUUCUGGGACGCUUUCUAUGAGAAGAAUGAGAACAAGUUUUUCAAAGACCGGCAUUGGCUCAAGGUCGAAUUUCCAGAAUUGCAUCAGACUACUUUGAAAGAUGCUGGCCCCAAACGCGUCGUUGAGGUUGGUUGUGGAGCAGGAAAUACCCUGUUCCCGCUUCUGGCUGUAAACCAAAACCCCGAUUUAUUUAUUUAUGCUUACGAUUUUUCUUCAACGGCAGUCGAAGUAGUAAAGAGUCAUUCAGAAUACGAUACACAGAAGAGCAAAGCUUUUGUUUGGGAUUUGACAAGUGAUAACAUUCCGGAUUGUGUGAAUGCAGGAUCGAUAGACAUUGUUGUGUUAAUAUUUGUAUUUUCAGCAUUGCAACCUCAACAAUGGGCCAAGGCUGUAGAGAAUGUAUACAAGAUGUUAAAGCCUGGCGGAUUGGUACUUUUCAGAGACUAUGGCCGAUAUGACAUGGUCCAACUGCGUUUCAAAGAAGGGCGCAUGCUAUCUGACAACUUUUACAUUCGUGGGGAUGGAACGAGAGUUUACUUCUUCACUACAGACGAACUAGAUACAAUAUGGAGUUCUAAAUUUCUAAUUGAACAAAAUGCGAUCGAUAAGCGACUGAUUGUAAAUCGACAUCGAAGACUCAAAAUGUAUCGUGUUUGGUUACAAGGCAAAUUCCGUAAAAGUUAA